AUGGAAGACGAAGACGUUGCAAUUUGUCUGCUACUCAGUCUUCCGAAGAGCUACGAAAAUGUGGUGCUCAACAUGGAAAUGAGCAGCACCGAGCUUCGCACUCAAGAUGUGGUGAGAGUCCUGACGAAUGAGCAUGCCAAGCGUCAAGGAGAAAAAGGGACAACGACAGCGACUACGGUGAAGGCUGAAGAUGCAAGCAAGGCAUUCAGCGCCGAGCCCCGACGCGGCGGCAAUGGUCGUGGACGCGGGGCUAACAAUGUCCAGUGGGGACAUCAUGAUGAAGGCAAUGGCUACGAUCGAGUGGCGUUUGCAGUCUCGUUCGAAUGUGGAGUUUCGACGAGCAAGGACGUGUCUGGAAUGUGGCCCGUCGACAGUGGUGCAACGCACCACAUUUGCCACGACAAAACCAAGUUCGCAAGUUUGGCAGAGCGCAAUGAGGGCGAACUCUUGGUGGCUGAUGGCAACAAGGUGGCCAUCAAGGGUGUGGGAACCAUCAUGGAAAAGGUGGUUCUGCCCAACGGUGAAGAGCGUGAGAUCGAAAUCAAGAACGCGCUAUAUGUUCCAAGUAUGAGCAAGAACCUGCUCUCGGUGCCACAGAUUAACAGUCAUGGCAAGUUUCAAGUCGUGUUUGACGGGUCCAAGAUGUAUGUGACUCUCAAGAACUCACAGCAAGUGGUGGCGACAGCGGAUUUCGUGGAUGGACUCUACUGGCUUCGGACGACUCAACGAUCAGCGAAUGUGACAACAAGUGGAACCAGUUGUGCCGAUCUACAUGCGAGAAUGGGUCAUGCAUCAGUCAAUGUACUUCGCAAGAUGAUCGCGACCAACAUGAUCAAGGAUGUGCGAGUCCCUCUCAAGUCGGGUGGAGCAACUACAUGUCGAGGAUGUCAACAAGGGAAAAUGGUCCAAAAACCAUUUCCAAGCAACCGAGACAAGCGCAGCUACGAUACGUUUGAGCUACUUCAUCUGGACAUCUGCGGGCCCAUGGAAAAGGAUUCGCUCGGUGGCAGCAAAUAUUUGCUGCUGAUCAUCGACGAAGCCAGUGGAUGCAUGAAGGGCUUUUGUCUACGAGUGAAGUCCGAGAGUGAAGACUACAUCCGGAAAUAUAUCACCAUGGUACAGACGCAAUUCUGUAAGAAGGUCAAGUUCGUGCGACACGACGGAGCUCGCGAGUUUGCAACCAACUCGCUUCAGCUGUUCUACGAAGACGAAGGCAUUGAACAGCAGACAACGGUGCCGUAUGCACAUCAAACAAACAGAACAGCAGAGCGUGCCAUUAGGACUAUUGUCACGAUCGGCCGCAGCAUGCUUCAUCAUGCCAAACUGGACAAGUGUUUCUGGGCCGAAGCAGCGAUGACGGCCAUCUACGUCAAGAAUCGACUGCCGUCACCUAAAGUCGUGCACAAGACCCCGUUUGAGAUCGUCUACAACUUGAAACCAAGCGUCAAGCACAUGCGAACAUUCGGGUGUCAGACAUACAUACUGACGCCUAAAGAGAAUCGACUCAAGUGGGAUCCAAAGGCUCGCGCUGGCAUAUUCGUGGGCUACGAAGAAGUUUCGAAGGCAUAUCGUGUUUAUGACAUCGAGGCGGGGCAGGUGGUUAUCAGCCGCGAUGUCAACUUCGAAGAGUCCACCUUUGGACUUCAACUGCCGAUCACUGAUGAAGAUGUCGAUGACCUGGACUUCGAAUUGCUGGAUCUUGAUGACGAAGAGCUGCGUCAAAUGGAGUACAAGCAAACAGGCAAGCGCAAGAACCGACUCAAUGAUGAAGAUACAGCACCUCCACGACCGCGUGCAGUGCGUCAACGACCAGGACUAGAAGAGUCAAGCGCGCCGGAAAACAACUCGUCACGACAAGAAGAAGACGAAGAAAUGAAGGAUUCUGGUCAUUCAACACCGCCUGUGUUUUGGCGUGCGAGUGCAAAUGCCGUUGAAGCAGCAGUGAACUUAUCAGAGCCCUCAACAUUUGAAGCAGCAGUAAGCGACCCUGACCAAGUGCACUGGAGAAAAGCAAUUCAUGCAGAGCUCGAGUCAAUGCGACUUCGCGGUGUGUUUCGUGCAGCCAAGCUUCCCAACGGACAACGCGCCAUUGGCACAAAAUGGGUGUUCAAGAUCAAGCGCAAGGCGGAUGGGUCAAUCGAGAAGUACAAGGCACGACUUGUGGCCAAGGGUUUCCGCCAAAAGUAUGGCAUCGACUACACGGAGACGUUUUCGCCGGUAGUCAACUUUCCUAUACGGAGAAAUGAAGAGCAGGUAUUCUGCGCGAUCCCAGAAGGGAUCGAGGUUGAUGAAGACUUUGACUGCUUUGAACUGGUCAAGGCGAUCUACGGACUAAAACAAGCAUCGCGUGUAUGGAACGAGACUUUCCAUGAGUUCGUCUGCUCCACUGGAUUUCAAGUAUCCGAUUUUGACCCGUGUCUUUAUCUCAAGAUUACAAGUGGCGAGUGCGUGCUUUUGCUGGUAUACGUCAAUGAUGUGCUGGUGACUGGCAGUUCGACCGAACUGAUUAUGCGCACCAAGAGUGACUUAAAGGCGCGUUUCGAAAUGACUGACAGCGGCAAGUGCGCAUUCGUGUUGGGCAUCGAGCUGGUGGACAACGACAACGGUAGCGUGACGAUGUGCCAGCGACGCUACGUGGAAGAUCACCGCAGCAAUGAAGUUCUCCAUAUCAGCGCCAAGCUCAGCAGUAUCGGUGCCAAGAUGGAGGAUGAGGACGUGGCGAUCUGCUUGUUGUGCAGCCUCCCCAAGAGCUACGAGAAUGUCGUGCUGAACUUGGAGAUGAGCAGCGUGGAACUGCGGACGCAAGACGUCGUGAUAGAGCUGACGAGUGAGUACAUCAAGAGACAAGGAAACAAGGAAACAAGACGACGUCGGUGA